CAGCUUUCUUGCUCUCUCCAUUGUUUUGCCUGCGCCAUCUUCCGCAGGUGGAAACUAGGAGGAAUCGAGAAGAAGAAGAAGGGAACACGAUGGCAUUCCGUCGUGCUCUGGCGGUGUCGUCAGCGUCGUCGUUGUCAGCACCUCUGCUGUCAUCGACAACAGCUGGGACAGCCCGUUCGCGAGCAACCCUGCUUCGAUCCACCUUUGCAUCUACUUCUGCGUCAUGCAGAGCAUCAUCUAGCUCUACCUCAGCCCUCGCCUACAAGGCGCUGCAUCGUCGAUCGCCACUAACCCUCCCCGUCUCGGACGGUUCACCACAAUGGGACGCUCCGACGGCCGUCUCCUCGAUUCUCUACGAGACGCCUAUGCCGCCUUCGAAUCCUCCAAAGCGGCACAUUCUGAACUGUCUCGUUCAGAACGAACCCGGUGUGCUCUCACGCGUGUCCGGUAUCUUGGCUGCCCGAGGGUUCAACAUCGACAGCUUGGUUGUCUGCAAUACUGAGGUCGAGGACCUGUCACGUAUGACCAUCGUUCUUCAAGGCCAGGAUGGUGUUGUCGAACAGGCUCGUCGGCAGCUUGAGGACCUUGUCCCCGUCUGGGCAGUGCUGGAUUACACUGACUCUGCUCUCGUGCAGCGCGAGCUUCUGCUGGCGAAGAUUAAUCUUCUUGGCCCGGAAUUCUUCGAGGAGCUGCUUGAGCAUCAUAGAGAGAUUACUGCUUCUGUGGAGAACCUCGAUGGCCAGAAGGAGAAAGCUGAGAAAAAGACGAGGUCUUCCGAGUUUCAUCCGCGCGAUCUGCCUCUGAGUCAGGCUUUGAGACACAAGCACGAGCAUCUUGAUGCCAUUACCCGUUUGACUCAUCAGUUUGGCGGGAAGGUCUUGGACAUCAGCAACAACAACUGCAUUGUCGAGGUUUCCGCCAAACCAUCCCGUAUCGACUCCUUCUUGAAACUGGUCGGCCCCUAUGGUAUUCUGGAAUCCACACGGACCGGUCUCAUGGCUCUCCCGCGGUCCCCUCUCUCCGAUCCCCACGAAGAGGUUGAGAAGGAGGCUGCAGAUGUUGUCGAUGCUAGCCAACUUCCUCCCGGUUAAAAGUACU